GCUAACAGAGUCCCAAUCGCUCUCGAUAACACUUCCCGGCAAAUCGUCCUCUCCUUCCUUCGUUUCAGAUCGGGUUCUCAGUUUCCGACGGGACUCCGCUUUCCGUGACUGUAAACUCUUUUUCGAUUCCUUCUCAGAAAAAGCUGAAUUGCUCGCACUAUCCCAUUUCUCGAAUUCAAAUGACGACUUGUCUUCCCAUUUGCCAUCCUUUGUCUUGCACCCCUCAGCGAAAACUCCAGGUAAUUGUCAAUUCUGUCUCUUCCAUCCCCAUCUUUCGUCCCACAAGAAUUACCCAUACAAAGUUUCUCAAAAGCCCCCCUUUUCCCUCUACCUUUCACCCAUUUUCUCCCAUCCUUCUGUCUCGCACUUCCCUCAGAGAUGCCGAUGACCCUUUGGUUGGCAAGGACUUGAUUGGAGAGGACUCUGCUGCAUUCAAUUUAGGGAACCAGAACAUUGUUUCUUGGAUAUAUUUCAGUAUCAUUUUGGGGUUUGUUCUCUUUCUUCUUGAUGUUGCUUGGAUUGAUGGCUCAACUGGCUUUGGCAAAGCUUACAUCAAUGCAGUUUCACAGUUUUCCGAUAGCCAUGAGAUUGUAAUGCUUAUCCUCAUUCUCAUAUUUGCCACUGUCCACAGUGGCUUGGCUAGUCUUCGAGACACGGGUGAAAAACUAAUUGGAAAACGUGCAUAUCGUGUUUUGUUUGCUGCUGUGUCCCUUCCAUUGUCUCUUAGCACUAUUGUGUACUUCAUCAACCACAGAUAUGAUGGGCUGCAGCUAUGGCAGCUUCAGAGCACUCCUGGAGUUCAUCAAUUUGUGUGGCUUGCAAAUUUUAUUUCCUUCCUUUUCCUAUAUCCUUCUACAUUUAACCUAUUAGAGGUAGCAGCAGUUGACAAGCCUAAACUGCAUCUUUGGGAAACUGGGAUCAUGAGAAUUACCAGGCAUCCACAGAUGGUUGGACAGGUGAUCUGGUGCUUGGCACAUACACUCUGGAUUGGGAACACUGUGGCUGUUUCAGCCUCAAUUGGUUUGAUCGGACAUCAUCUAUUUGGUGUGUGGAAUGGUGAUAGGAGACUAGCUAAGCAACAUGGGGAUGCAUUUGAAGAAUUAAAGAGGCGAACAAGCGUCAUUCCAUUUGCAGCUAUUCUUGAUGGCCGUCAAAUUUUGCCUCAAGAUUAUUACAAGGAAUUUAUUCGAUUGCCCUACUUGACUAUCACUGCAUUGACCCUUGGUGCAUAUUUCAUGCAUCCACUUAUGCAGGUGGGUAGUUUUGAGCUUCAUUGGUAGCGGAAGGUCUGUGAUGGAUUUGUUAAGAUUUCAAGAUUGUAUAUACCACGCCCUUAUAGAAUGCAUGCCUAAAAAAUGUAGGAUGGGAUAAAUUCAUUUUAGCUAAUGGAGAUUCAUAUGGGUGCAUCUAAUCAAUCAUGUAGCCUAAUGAAUAAUAUGCAUAUCCCUUGGGCUUCAAGGUUGCGUUUGCAUAAAAUGACAUUAGGAUGGAAAUAUACAAUGGAGGAGAUUGGGUUUGGACAUGCCUUUGGGAGGAAAAAGUUUCCUAAUUGAUUUAAUGCUAAACUCUCUCCUAUAGCUGAUGGUGAGAAGAUUAAUAAUAAUGCCUACAAGAUCAAGCUGCUAGGUGAAUAUGUAGUCUACUACUUUUGAUAUUGCGUACUUAUCUCCUUACCAUGAAGAACAUGGGAAUAGACCUUAAAUAACUUGAGGACAAGUUUCCUUCACUUAGUGGUGAAUGCAAAAUCUACAUAUGCCUACAGCACAGGUAGAUGGAAAAUAUCAAUAGAAAUUUUAUAAUUAUAACGUCACAUGGUAUUGUAAAUUUAUAUCACAUCACUUAUGCCACUAUUAAUUGUUGUGAACUUGUCUUUCUUCUUUAGAUACCAGCUUAUUCUAAUCAGCUUGUUCCUUCUUCUUUGGCCUUGUUUUGUCUGUAACGGUGGCCCAGAGUUUGUAUGUA